CUAAUUCCUAUUCAAAUCAUCACAGAUUGGCUCUGCCUCCCCGCCUGCUGUGAUGUCUCUGUCCAGCAUCCCCGCCGUGAAGGACAAGCCGUUCCACUCCAACCCCCUCAAAGGCAGGCCUGUCCGGGGUUCGGGUUACUACGCUGCCCCGCUGCCCGGAGCCCACCACUACAUGAACAUCUUCAGGAGCUCUCAGCAUCCCCUCCACCCGCUCAAGUCUCUGGGACGGCUAGUCACCGACACCCAGGCAGUCAUGCCGUUCAACUUCACCACCGGAACACCCUCGUUCUUCGGCAACGGCGGCCACCAAGCCACAGCCGUUAACGUUCUUCACGAGCAGAUCUUCAACGUAUCGCACAUCCCGUACUUCAACCGGAUGAUGCCGGGAGUAGGACACACGAUUUACUCCAAGCACGAGGAGCUGGCAGCGGUGGUGACCGAGCACGCCAUCCGCCCGUUAUCUGUAGGCCUAUCAGACUUCAGUAGUCCCGUCUCGAGCAAGAGGUCCUCCGCUCCCUCACCGUCUAAAGAAAGUUUAUUCCACCUCAGGGGAACCGAACUAUCACCGGAGACAACGCGCACUUAUAGUUUCAGCGAGGACGACCUUUUCAUGGUCCUGUAUGGAUGUUCCCGGAGCCAGGUGCAGAAUUCCGGUCAAGCCAUCUCCGGAGUAGCCCUGCUUGGGAACUCAGUUUGCAACAGCGAACAACUCACCUUGGAAACUGAGGCGCUUGGACUUCCAGAAGGGUUAUCUAUCCACCAGACAAGUUACGGCAGUUUGUCCCACUACGGAAUUUACGCAGAGAAGAGCGCCAUCACAAAGGGAACCCGGUUCGGCCCAUUUCAGGGGAAACUGGUCAAUACCAGCGAGAUCAAAACAUAUGACGACAACACGCUGAUGUGGGAGGUGUUCAAGAACGGCGGGUUGAGUCACUUUGUCGACGGCCGGGGCUCGUCGGGUAACUGGAUGUCCCUGGUGAAGUGCGCACGCUUCCCAGAAGAGCAGAACCUGAUCGCGGUACAGAGUAAGGGACAGAUCUUCUACGAGGCCUGUAAGGAGGUCCAGCCGGGCCAGGAGCUGCUGGUCUGGUACGGGGACUGCUAUGUUCAGUUCCUGGGGAUUCCUCUCACUCUGAAGGACUCGCUGGAGGAGGGGAAUACCAUGCUUCCACUUGAAGAUUCUGGAGAGGGUUUUAAGUGUGAUCGGUGUGGGAAAGUGUUCGCCUAUCGAUACUACAGAGACAAGCAUCUGAAGUACACGCGCUGCGUGGACCAGGGCGACCGGAAGUUCCCGUGCAACCUCUGCAGCAGGUCGUUUGAGAAGAGAGACCGAUUGAGGAUCCAUAUACUGCACGUUCACGAGAAACACAGACCACACAAGUGCUCAGUGUGUGGGAAGAGUUUCUCUCAGUCUUCCAGUCUCAACAAACACAUGCGCGUGCACUCUGGAGAGCGCCCUUACAAGUGUGUGUACUGUAACAAGGCCUUUACUGCCUCCAGCAUCCUGCGCACGCACAUCCGCCAGCACUCCGGAGAGCGGCCUUUCAAGUGUAAACACUGCGGGAAAGCCUUCGCCUCGCACGCGGCUCACGACAGCCACGUCCGGCGCACACACGCCAAGGAUAAACCCUACCCGUGCGACGUGUGUAGAAGCACCUUUCAAGAAGCGACAGAACUCAAUAACCACAUGAAGAGUCACACAAAAAUACCCCUCUCAGAAACCACUACCAUCUCAAUAAACGGAUCUUUGGAGGAUACAACAACGAUGCUUUCAGUCACCAAGGACUGCAGGACGCAAAAACUGACGGAGGAGAACAUCUCGUACACAGGACUGACGGUUCUGAACCCAGAAUAUCGACCCUGGAACUAAAAACCAUUCCAUAGAAUUAGAAUGUGUGCAUUCUAGAAUGUGCCGAAUAAAUUUCGAUUAGAGCUCAAAUCGUUGCUAGGACACUUCCAAAAACAUUUU